AUGCAGUCGGGAAUCUCCGCAUCACAGGAGCUGGUCUCCCACUUCAACACACUAUUAUCCUCCGACGAACACUUCGGCCUCCUCGCCACCAUCUCUUCCGAGGCCCUCAAACCGAUAUCGUUCCUCACACCGUCAUCUACCUCCUCAUCCACCUCCUCAUCCUUCUCCGACAAUGUCUCCGCUCUGCUGUCUCCCGUCUUGAAGCCCAAUGAGGCCCUCUACAUCAUCCUCCGCCGCUACCCGACGGCGCCUCGCUUCGUCGCCGUGACCUAUGUCCCGGACUCUGCCCCCGUGCGCCAAAAGAUGCUCUUCGCGUCAACAAGAUUGACUCUUGUGCGUGAGCUCGGCAGCGAGCACUUCCGCGAGACCAUCUUUGCAACGACAGCCGAGGAGCUGAGCCCCGCUGGCUUCGAGAAACACGAUGCCCACAGCGCCAUGGAUGCGCCUCUCACAGAGGAGGAGCGCAGCCUUAGCGAGGUCAAGCGCGCGGAGCAGGAAGCUGGUCAAGGAACGGGCACCCGGGAGAUCCACCUGAGUAAGAGCCUCGCGAUGCCUGUUGCCGAGGAUGCACUCGCUGCGCUCAAGGCUCUCGGGGCAGAUGGCGGAUCGAGUCUUGUGAUGCUGAAAGUCAACUCGGAGACGGAAGCCGUCGAGCUUGUACCGGACAACUCCAGCCCAUCCUCAAUAUCCGAAUUAACGCAGACGAUCUCCUCCACCGAGCCGCGGUUCAGCUUCUUCCGAUUCACUCAUGACUACGGCGGAAAUCACAGCAGCCCAUUGCUAUUCUUCUAUACGAACCCGGCGACGCCCGGCACCAAGGCUAUUAGAAACCGUAUGCUGUAUCCGCUUAUGAAGCGAGCUGUCCUCACAAUUGCGGAGACGGAGGCAGGGCUCAACAUUGAAAAGAAAUUCGAGGUGGAGGAGCCAAGCGAAAUCACCGAGGACUCUGUGCUAGGGGAACUGCAUCCCAAGCUCGAAGUGCGGAAGGGGUUCAGCCGCCCCAAGCGUCCGGGCCGGUAG